AGGACCUGGAGGAGCUCACGAAGGCUGACUUCCAGCUGCAACAGACGCCCAGCAAAUCCCUCAGCCCUCCGCGGUCUGGGCCGCAGAACUGCCAGGUAUGCGGCAAGUCCUUCAGCAACGCGUCCGCGCUGACCAAGCACCGGCUGACGCACAGCGACGAGCGCAAGUACAUCUGCACCAUCUGCUGCAAGGCCUUCAAACGACAGGACCACCUGAACGGCCACAUGCUGACCCACUGCAACAAGAAGCCGUACGAGUGCACGUCGGACGGCUGCAACAAGUCGUACUGCGACGCCCGCUCGCUGCGUCGCCACGUGGAGAACAUACACGGGCAGCCGAGUACGGAGGUGGAGCAGCUGCAGCUGAUCCAGCAGAUCAUGCAGGACGCCCAGGCGCAGAGUCAGGCUGGCGAGGCGGCCCGGACACCCAGCAAGCCGACCGUGGCCGGCCGCCGUGAGGCCGAGCCGGGAGAUGACCUGGGUUCAGCUGGCGGCCGCGGCGCCGGCCUGCAGUGGCUCGUCUGCACGGCACCAGGGGACGCGGCCCGGGCUGGCCGGCCCCGGGGUGACUGA